AUGGACGAUGAUGCUAGAAGGAUCGGUUCCAGUGAAAGCUCCGAGUCAUUCAACCACGCCAGCAGUAAAAAGGGAGGCAUUGUUAUAAAGAAUCUUCUCAAAGGAAAGGCUUCCGCCGCUAGCGUGGCCCUCCCCUCCUUCGGCGAUUGGCAAACCAAACCCUCCGCCAUUCCCGCUCCAGCUCCUGGAAAUAGCAGCGCAGGCGCGCCAAACGGGGCUGCUCAUAACGGGGAUGAGGUCGGCGGCGUAUACACUAAAGUAUUUACAAGGAAGGCCGACGAGCGAGCUGCACGCCACGGGACUCCCUUAACGCCUGAGUCCAGUCUGGGACGUCAAGGGUCAGGGGCUAGCCAUCAAUCGUCUGGAGGUGACUCGGGAAGGGGACGGGUACAGUAUGCGCAGGGGAUGCAGUACGGUGAGAGCCCUCUGCAGUACGGUGAGAGCCCUCCGCAGUAUGGUGAGAGGCCCCAGCAAUAUGGUGAGAGGCCUCUGCAGUACGAUGAGAGCCCUCUGCAGUACGGUGAGAGGGCUCAGCACCUGCUUCCCCUGCCCGUCAACCUUCUUGCCCUGCCCAUCAACCUGAUUCCCCUGUCCAUCAACCUGUUUCCCCUGCCCGGCAACCUGUUUCCCCUGUACAUCAACCUGUUUCCCCUGCCCGUCAACCUUCUUCCCCUGCCCAUCAACCUGAUUCCCCUGUCCAUCAACCUGUUUCCCCUGCCCGACAACCUGCUUCCCUUGCCCGACAACCUGCUUCGCGUACCCGUCGACCUCCUUCCUCUCUCCAUCUACCUUCUUCCCCUGGCCAUCCACCUGCUUCCCCUACCCAUCUGUCCGCUUCUCGUGCCCAUCAAUCUGCUUCCCCUGCACGUCAACAUUCUUCCCCUGCCCGUCCACCUGUUUCCCCUGCCCGUCUGCCUGCUUCCCCUCUCCAUCUACCUGCUUCCCCUUCCUAUCAGUCUGCUUCCCCUGCCCGUCCACCUGCUUCCCCUGCCCGCCCACCUGCUUCUCCUGCCCGUCUACCUGACUCCCCUGCCCGUCAACCUGCUUCCCCUUGCCGCCAACCUGCUUUCCCUGCCCGUCAACCUGCUUCCCCUGGAGAGGAGGAAGAAUACGAGAUACCACCGUUGGAGAAGUGGAGAGCCCAUGUGCUCAGAAUGA